AUGGCUUGUCCCAGUGAGAUUCCGGAUGACGCAGCCGAAUUCGAGUCUCACAUCGUGGAUGCUCCUCGAAACAUCGAGGGGCGAGCGGAGCAAGAGGCAAAGUGGGCUGGGGACUACGACGGACGGCAGCAUUGGUCGUUGAGAGAAGCGUACCUGAAGCACCGGGACCGGCUUCGACAAGCACAGGGAGAUUUGUAUCGAGUGAAGAUGCUUCUGGAUGCGCAUUUCACGUCGCAGUCCUCGUGUUUGAAGGACUUGGACUUGAGCAUCUUGGAACGCAUCGCGGAUUUCGGAUUCUCCCAGGGUCCGGCUGUGGGAUUUCUGGCCAAUUGGCGGCGGGCGCCAAAGCCGGUGGCGGCCGCCAGCGACCGACCGGGUAUCAGGUUUAUGGCCAGAAAGCGACCUCUGCUGCCCUUCGAAGUCGCCGCCGGGGACUGGGACUGCGUCACAGUGUCCAGGAGCUGUGCUCGGGUGGUCUGCCACGACGGGCGGCUACACCGCACCGGAAGGCGCCUCGAGAUGUUGCACAAGAAGUUCGUGUUGGAUCAGGCCUACGACUCCUCAGUCUCGGACAGUGAGUUCUACGAAGACGCGGUGAAGCCUCUGGUGACUUCCCUGAAGGAAGAGGAGGCCGCCACCAUCAUCUGCUAUGGCCAGACGGGCACCGGCAAGACGCACACGUUCAAUGCCUGCUGGAAACGCCUUGGGGCUGACCUGGCCGGGCGGAGCAUUGCAGUGACCUUCUUCGAGAUCCAUGGAAAGAAAUGUUACGAUUUGCUGCAGCAGAGGAAGGAGGUGACGCUGAGAUCGGAUGCCGAGGAACGCGUGCACGUCAGGGGCGCCUUGACGCUCUCCGCGGACGCCGCUGCGCUGCCGUCGCUGCUGGAAGAAGCGCUGCGCUUGCGGCGCUCCGAAGCCACGGAGCGGAACCCGCUGAGCUCCCGAAGUCAUGCCGUCUGCGUCCUGGCAUUGGACGGCGGAAGAACGACGCUGCGCUUCGUGGACCUGGCCGGCAGCGAGCGGAACUACGAGACGCGGUCCAUGACGGCGCAGCAGCACCGGGACUUUGCAGAGAUCAACAAAUCGCUGAUGGCGCUGAAGGAUUGCUUCCGUGCCCAUGCUCAGCUGCUCCGACAAAAGUCCACCCGGGUGCCGUAUCGCUCCAGCAGCCUGACUCAGGUGUUGCGGUCUUGCUUCACGCCAGAGCACCGGACCCUCAUCUUAGCCACGAUCUCUCCAACGGCCACCGACUUGUUGCAUAGCACCAACUCGCUGCUACAAGUGACGCAGAUGUCCAAGGCGUUGUCCGCCCUGCGUUCAGAGUGCUGCGUGGAGUUGCCCUUAACUUCCUUCAUGGCUUCCAGGUGGAUCAGGACGGUGAACAACGGCCUCUUCAAAUACCUGGUGCUGCCGCCCAAAAUCACAGGGGCCAUGUUGCUCCAACUCUCCUCGCAGGGCUUGGCCCAGCUCUUCGACAUGAGCCUGCGCACGGCCCGCGGCAUAGGCGAGGGUGAGGCCUGGAACGAGGCCCUGGCCAGCGACGUGGGGCAGCGCGUGGGGAAGCUGCUCUUCGCGGCCGUGCGGCGCGAGGCCAUGCGUUGGCCCCUGGAGGUGAAGGACUUGCCCCUUCAGCUGCGCCGCGAGGCUGCAGAACGAGAGAUGCUGGAAGAGGGUUUGGGCCUUCCACCGGAAGCGGAGCGUCACUGCGAGUUCUUCUUCUGGGGCGAAACCGUGCCACCCACCGAGUGA